AUGGGGUGGUUGUCCUUGCAGGACUGUCCCUCUUACCUCCGAUCUUUCCAACACACUAGAACAGCUCACCCUAAAGACCAAUUGAUUAUCAUAAACUCUAGCUCAUUUAGUUCUGCUUCAGUGAUAGUUUUUAUUGUUCUGCCAACCACAAAUCAAGAGUAUCUAAUUUUUUCUAAUUCGAUUUUGAUUGAGCAGGAAUAUGAUGUUGAAGAUUCUGUGCUGCCCCUUCAGCCAUCUCUGGAUUACACUGCACCGGAGUUGGUUCGAAGUAAAGCAUCUUCAGUUGGAUGUUUUACUGACAUUUUUAGUUUUGGGUGCAUUGCAUAUCACUUGAUUGCUCGCAAGCCUUUGUUUGACUGCCACAACAAUGUAAAAAUGUACAUGAAUAAUUUGACUUACUUAUCCAGUGAGGCUUUCUCAUCUAUCCCAUCAGAGUUAGUGCCCGACUUGCAAAGAAUGCUUUCUGCAAAUGAGGCUUUCAGGCCAACAGCCUUGGAUUUUACAGGUUCCCCCUUUUUCCGGGAAGACACUAGGUUGCGUGCUCUUCGCUUCCUCGACCACAUGCUUGGAAGAGAUAACAUGCAGAAGUCUGAGUUUCUAAAAGCAUUGUCAGAUAUGUGGAAGGAUUUUGACUCCCGUGUGUUGCGGUAUAAGGUUCUUCCACCUCUCUGUGCUGAGCUUCGGAAUAUGGUAAUGCAACCGAUGAUUCUGCCAAUGGUCUUAACAAUUGCAGAGUCUCAGGAUAAAAAUGAUUUUGAGCUAUCAACACUACCAGCUCUUGUUCCUGUCCUGAGCACUGCUGCAGGCGAGACACUAUUGUUACUUGUGAAGCAUGCCGACCUUAUUAUCAACAAGGCAAGUCAAGAGCACUUGGUUUCACAUGUCCUCCCCUUGGUUGUUCGAGCUUAUGAUGAUAAUGAUUCUCGCAUGCAAGAGGAAGCAUUGAAAAAAACUGUAACCCUUGCUAAGCAACUUGAUGCUCAGUUGGUAAAACAAGCAAUUUUGCCCCGUGUUCAUGGCUUGGCUCUUAAAACAACAGUUGCGGCGGUGAGAGUAAAUGCCCUGUUAUGUUUAGGUGAUAUAGUUCACAUGCUUGAUAAACCUGCUGUCUUAGAUAUCUUGAAAACUAUCCAUCGUUGCACAGCUGUUGACCGAUCUGCUCCAACCCUUAUGUGCACCCUUGGCGUUGCGAACUCAAUUCUGAAACAGUAUGGGAUAGAGUUUGUUGCGGAGCAUGUCCUUCCACUACUCACACCACUACUCACUGCCCAACAACUGAAUGUUCAGCAGUUUGCCAAGUACAUGCUCUUUGUUAAGGAUAUCCUCAGGAAAAUAGAAGAAAAGCGCGGAGUAGUUUUGACUGACUCGGGAAUUCCACAGGUGAGACCAUCUCCUGCUGCUGGUGUACAUCAGUCAGAACCAGUAAAAAGAACUAUUUCAACUGCCCCAUCUACUACGAUGAGCAGUCCUGCAUGGGAUGAAGAUUGGAUUUCAACGAGGAAGGGACCCCCAAGUCUACAUUCCUCUUCAACAACCAUUUCAUCCAUUCAGCCUGUUAUAGCCAAUCAACCAAUUCAAGUUGCUUCGGCGCACACACAAUCCCCUAUGAUAUCUGCUGUAUCUAGCCAGCAAACUGCGGUGUCAUGUCCACCAGUUGAUCUAGAGUGGCCCCCUCGGUCAUCUUCUGGAGUUAAUCAUCAAUUAGGUGAUAACGAGAAACAAAAUCAGAAUGCAGAAACAUCCACUGCAAGUUUUGAUGAUAUAGAUCCUUUUGCUAAUUGGCCCCCACGGCCUAGCGGUUCCAUAAGUGCUUCUGUAUCUUCCAACGGCUCUACAAUGUCACCAUCAGCUAAUAAAUAUGGGUCCAGUUCAAAUUCUAGUACCCCAAAUGGUCUGAAUUUUCAGACAAAUGACAGUAGUACCAGUUGGGGCUUCAAUAUCCAAAAUUCUGUCGAGCCAUUGAGACAGAAUCAAGGUAAUUCAACAUUGAAUACCAGUAGUUUUAACAGCGGACUCAACCCUCAGAGCUCUCUUGGGUUUUCAAAACAAAAUCAAGGAAUUUCAACUUUUGGCACUUACACUGAUGCGAAAACAAAAGAUCUUGGAUCUAUAUUCACUUCUAGCAAGAGUGAGCAAUCUGCACCUAGGCUUGCUCCACCUCCAACAACUUCUGUGGGCAGAGGAAGAGGAAGAGGGAGGGGAAAUCAAGGGCAAUCCGGUUCUUCAGCAUCACGCUCUAGCCGUGCCAAAUUGCCAUCUGAGCAGCCACCCCUUAUGGAUUUGCUAUAAUUGGGAUUCAAAAUUCAAUUUAGUCUCCGGAUGAUAAAUGAGUGAUGUGAAUCAACAAGUAUAGAAUCAGUACCACGUGCCCUAGGACUGUUGCAUGUCCUGAAAUAUCAGAGAAAAAAGAUAGCAGUGGACACACACUCCCCAGCGCGACGCCAGUGGCUCUAUGCGAUUGUAAGGUUUGUUGUAGGAUUGGUUUGUCUUGUUUCCUAUGGUGUUGCAUUCCUCAAUUGUAUUUUGUCUCAUUUUUGCAUUUGCCCUUUCCUUUUCUUGUUUAUUAUCUUAUAAUUAUAAUUUUGGUAUUGAGAAAGUCUUAUUCAAGUUGAUAUGUAUUCUUCAGAACAGUCAGUUCCCAUGAAUGGGGUCUAUGAAAUAAUAAUACAGGACGAAAUUGCUCUUC